GUUGCCCAGCGCACGCUCGGUAGAGCAGCAUUGCGUUCUUUAGAACUACAUUUCCCAGCGUGCCCCGCAGCGCUCCCACGCCUGCGCCCCGGGCCCAGGACCGACCCGUGGCAGCCCCGGUCCGUGGACAUGGAGGGAGACACCGGAUCUGGGGUCCCGGCGCUGUCGGGCGGGGAUGGAGCGGGCGCGGGCCAGGGCUUGGGUCCGGCCCAUGAGGACCGGGACAUGGAGGGGGCCCCCAGCUGCUCGGGGUCGCGCUCCCUCCCCUUCGAGUUCGAGCGGGGUCGCUCGGAGUCCAGCGGCGAUGAGGACGACGACGACGAAGACGACGAGGAAGAGGAGGUGGAGGAGGAGGAGAUGGAGAGCGACACCAGGGCUCGGUUCGGAACGGAUGACGGGGAACUCGAUUCGGACGACGACCGAGAGCGUAUGAUAAACCUCGCAGAGUUGACCCCCUACAUCCUGUGUUCCAUCUGCAAGGGUUACUUUAUCGAUGCUACAACUAUUACAGAAUGUCUGCACACCUUUUGUAAAAGCUGCAUUGUGAGACACUUCUAUUAUAGCAACAGAUGUCCAAAGUGCAAUAUUGUUGUACAUCAGACACAGCCCCUCUAUAAUAUCAGACUGGACCGACAACUGCAAGAUAUAGUAUAUAAAUUAGUUGUCAACCUGGAGGAAAGAGAGAAAAAACAAAUGCAUGACUUUUAUAAAGAAAGAGGAUUAGAAGUACCAAAACCAGCUGUCCCACAGCCAGUUCCUCCGAGCAGAGGAAGACCUCGAAAAGUUCUGGGCUCAGUGUUCCGGAUCCCACCAGAACUUGACAUUUCCAUACUUCUGGAGUUUAUUGGAGCUAAUGAAGGCACAGGGAAUUUUAAGCCUUUGGAAAAGAAGUUUGUGCGUGUUUCUGGGGAGGCAACAAUUGGACAUGUGGAGAAAUUCCUCAGAAGAAAAAUGGAUCUAGACCCUGCUUGUCAGGUGGAUAUAAUAUGUGGUGAUCACCUGCUGGAGCACUACCAGACACUGAGGGAAAUUCGUCAAGUCAUAGGAGAGAGUGCAGUACAGGAUGGUCUACUUGUACUGCACUAUGGCCUGGUGGUAUCUCCACUAACUUAAAGGUGUCUGGAAUAUCAGAAGGCAAACGAAUCUGAAGUCAUGGAGCUUCUUCACUGCUGUUUCUCACCAAAGAAGCCAUCGCAUUUCCUGUGGCAGGAAGCAAGUGAAAGGAACCACCAGUAACUGCUGUGUGCUUGUAAUGUAACAUCUGACUUUACCACUGUAAAAAAUUGCAGCUUCUGUAAGUACAGCUGUAGAUGUUGCUAUGCUUCAUGUUACAAAUUACUGUCUUCAAAUUUCACUCAGCUCAGGGAAAUUAAAUGCUCAAAGUAGCUAAAUUUUUUUACUUUCUAAAACCACAAGAUUUCACAGGGUGAACAGCCUUUUUUUCCUCUAAGCUCUGAGAUUUCUCUUGCUAAGUGUCUAGCUAGAACAGUGCUCUCAGGGAUGAUCUUCAAUGAGCAGUAUAAUUUGUUUUGGGGAAGAAAGAGUCAUUUGCCUAAAAGAAAAGUAUACUGUGAUCAUCUGUCUUUGGAUGUGAUUUGGGGAGAGGAAGGAAACUUCAGAAAUGCAGACCAAAAUAGGUAGAAAAUGAUGCAGCAUAAGCAUUGUUUUUUGAGAAGUAGCAUUAACUUUGUUGUUUUUCUUGAAGAAAGACAAUUUUGUUUGCACUGGAAAUAUAUUUGCUGGUAGUUUGGCUUAUACCAAAUGGUGGAUCAUGCAUCUCUAGUCUGAAUGGAGAUGAGCUAGCUGUAAGCUGGUUAAACUAUGCAUGAAAAAAAAACGUAGCACCUCUUUCUACCUGCUUGCUGUACAUAAAUUAAUCACUGUCAACCUGAUUCUGCUAUCAUGUAAAAUCCAUCAACUGACUUGACUGUCAGGAGCAUAAAUUCAUUCACUUUAGCACAUACCUCUCCAGCAGCUGUGAAAAUGGUCACUUUUCCCACUCUUUCUAAUGUGUUUCAAUGCACUGUAGUGGAGACCUGGGUUGAGUAAUGUAAUACCUGCCUGUUGCUACAAGAUUCACAGAGGACAUUAGGUGACUUUAAUUUUAACAUGUUAAAAUACUAGUUUUUAUGACAACUGUAACACUUCAAAAUUUUCUUCUGUUUAGUAUUUCCAUGUUGUGUUGUGCAGCAUUAAGGAUCAGAGAGCUCUGUGUGUUAUGGUCUUGCUGCAUACUGGGUUGUCAGUGUAGGGGUUCAUGAAAGUUUCCAUUAGGCACCAGGCUCUUUCCCUUCCCUACAGUCAGUGCAGAGAAAAGGGAGAUUCCUUUAUAAGGCAUUUCAGAUCACCUAAGUUACAGAAGCAUAGCGUUCUUAGUGUUGGAUGGGCCUCUGGAGAUCAUCCAGUCCACCCUCCCUGCCAAGGCAGGGUGACCCAGAGCAGGUAACACGGGAAUGUGUCCAGGUGAGUUUGGAAUGUCUGCAGCGAGAGAGACUCCACACCUUCCCUGGGCAGCCUGUUCAGUGCUCUGCCACCCUCAAUGUAAAGAAGUUCUUCCUUCUUCCAGUCCUCCUUCCUUUCUUUUAGUCAGCUGGUGAGGCAGCAGCUCAGUCCAGGGGUGAGGGUUUGACUGAGCUGUACAGGGGUUCUGGAGCUUGGGGACACCUGAGCAGCAGCCCCAAGUUCCAUCCAGACAAAGAAGCCCUUAGCUUGGAGGCAUGGAGGGGACAUUGCCAGGAGCAGCGAGGGACAUUGAAGUGUCCCUAAGGAGCAGAGCUACCCCUUGUGGCUCUGCUUGACCCUCUCCAGGAGCUCCUUGUCUUUCUUGUAUGGAGGACCCCAGAACUGGACACAGUACUUCAGAUGUGGCCCCACCAGGGCUGAGUAGAGAGGCAGGAUCACUUCCCGUGACCUGCCGACCACACUCUUCCCAAUGUACCCCCAGAUUCCAUUGGCCCUCCUGGCUGCAAGGGCUCAAAUGUAUUUGUUCACCGUCAGCCUAAGAGGACUGGCAUCCUUUGUCUAAAGAAAGCUUUCAUGAAUCCUCCCUCAGGUCUUUACAAUAAAUAUUGUUUUGUCUGUGAAGUUGGCACCAUAAGAAAAAAAAAAUUGUUUGAAGUAAUUCUUGUGAUGCUUCUAAAAAAUGUAACAAAAAGCCUUUUUAGCUACAAACUCCUAUUUUACCUUUAAAGUUUGUAUAAAAGUAGUGUUUAAAAUGCAGCAGAAAAUGAGAUUAUUUUGUAAACACCUUGUGAGUUGUGUUGAUAAAAGAUUAUAUAUUGUAACAGUAAAAUAAACUUUAUUUUAGCCAAUUUAAAGAAAAUUGA